CUCCAAGAGAACUAGCUACCUGAUAAACAACUCAGCCUGAUGCACAUUUUUGCCUUUUCAAGCUGAGACUCGACCUGUCAACCUGAUUACAUCUAGGCGCCAGACAUACUGACAUGUUGCUUCUUUCCGCAGAACGAGAUCCUCGCUGCCUCCAAUAUGCCUAUCCCCGACGCAUUCUUCGCGGCACCGACAACCGAUACCGACGACAGAGACCGACUCUGGGACGAGCUCAGCCGCGUGCGCGAGAUCUUGGCCGACGCAAAGGAAUGCCUUGAAUGGUGUCGCGCCGAAGCCGCAUGGAACACGCUCGUCCACCUCCCCAUAUUGAAGCUGGCGCUCCGAGGACGGAAAGACGUGAGCCAUGAGAUGAUCACAACGGCAUCCAUCCUCGAGCCCUACCUCCCCACCGAUCCGUCAACCAACCUCCCCGUCUCAUCCAAAAUGGUCGACUUCGCCCUCCUCCUCGAGCCGGCAAGGGACUCGUCGCCCCUCCGCUCCGCCCUCGAAUCUCUCGUCCGCUCCCUGCCGCUCGACCACAAGUCCAUCAACGCCACGGCGUACGGGAAGCUACAAGUCUGUCCCGCGCCUGUCGCGAUCGAGACCAAGCUCGGCUCCGUCGAUGAGGACGAGGCCAAGGCGCAGGUGGGGAUAUGGGUUGCUGCGUGGUUCGCCCGCAUGAGUCUGCUCUGCGGCGAGGGCGAGGGCGGUGCUGGUGUCAUCUCGGUGCCUGUGCUGUUGAUCUCGGGGACGACGUGGUCCAUGUAUCAUGCCUCUGACUCCGGGGACGCUGUGGUUUGA